UUAUAAUUCAUCUUCGCUCUACCUCACUCGGAUAGAUGUCGGACAUCUACAUCGUUAAGUUUUAUUUUUAAUGGGCGAAAGAGAGUAAUUCGAAUACUGUUGUGGCAGAAUAUACAAUUUUGCGAAAAUCUUUAUAAGCCAAUAAUUUAAAAAAGCGAUUCUAAAAAAUAUGAAUAUAAAAAAUUUCUUUUAAAAUAUUUUAAACCCGUAUUGCCCGUUGGAAAACUAUACAAACAAAAUACGAUAAAAGCAACUGGGUGUAGUUAUUAAUAUUAUUGAAAUAACAAAAAUGUUAAAACGUUCUAGCACAAUGUGUGCUUUACAACAAUAGCAAUUAAGUGUUUAAAAUUUUUAAAAUGAGAAAUUAAACAUUAAAAAUUGUUUAAAGAAUGACUAAUAAAUGUUUUACAUUUAUCUUACCUUGUCCCUUAUACGUAAGGGUUUUAAAUACCAGAAGGUGGUCGAUAUGUAUGCAUUGAGGGGGCUUUAACGUAACGACAAAUAUCAUUUCGGAUAAAUAUAUUAAAUACAUAAACUACCCAAACACGUCAAUGUCUGGCUUAGCAACAGGCGGGCAACAGGAUAACUGGUACAACACUCGACUUUCGAAUUAAUGUAUGGGACCUAAACUAAAUGAAUAUAAUUUUAAUGAUAAUCUUAAACAUUUUUAAUAACUAAUAUAUACUAAUAAACAAUGGACUUUAUAACGUACAACAAAAAACUUAUUGAUUUUAAUUCAAUAUUAUUAUAUAUAUUAUUACUCAAUUUAUAAAAAGUAAACACUUAAGAAUAUACAAAUUUUACAUUUACAUUUUUCAUAAGGAGCUAGUAAUUUAAUGUGUUUUAUAAAUCUUCUGAAUUAAACGAUUAAUUUUAUUUGAGAAAAAAACAUAUUUAAGGAACUUAGGAAAUUUAAUGAAAAUGUAAUUUAAACCCAAUUUGCUUUACAAGCUUUAUUUACCUUUCAUAAUAAUUAACUAUAACUGCAGACCUAAUAACUAUGAUAAUAGGCUAAUCUUUAGCCAACACAAAACUGAUCUUAACAUAUCAGAAUAAUAAAAUUCCUAUAAUGCAAAACUGUGUAACAUCCGAUAGUGGAAGGGCGUCGGACUUAAAAGACUUAAUCAUUAACGCAAAUGAUAAAUGUGAGGAAGAACUACAAAACAAACACAAUUCAAAAUCAUCUAAUGUUUUAAAAACAGAUAAGCACUCAGUUGAUAAUACUUAUGAUCAAUAUAAGAUAUUACCUAACAAUAUUAUCACCCUAAAUAAAUGCAAUGCAUUGGAAAAAAACGUUGUUGUUCCAUCAAAUAACACAGCCGGAAUGGCAGCGUUGGUUUCCGAACUGCUGUUACGCCAUCCGAAAGCUAUAUCUCAGCAUAGUCAAACAAAACAAGAAGCGGAAAGCUGUCAGGAAGAUUUUUUUCGCAAUCGAAGUGAACUAUUUUCAUGCAUAUACACUAAUAAUUUGCUAAGUCAGCAGAAAUGCUCGCAGCAACAACUUUUGGCUGCACAACUUUUUUAUGCUCAGCUUUUUCAUUCACAAUCAACAGAACAGGAUUCCGGUUGGGAGAAAUCUAUCAAAAAAGCUAUUAACAUGGUUCAUUAUUCAGGGUUAAAAAAACCCAUGAUAUUCCAAGAUGAAAUUCCAACUGCUUCAUCGUCGGAAGAUAGUAAUAACAAUAUUGAGUUAAUUAAUGAUACCGAAAAUUGCUUCAGAUGCGGCGAUAAAUCUUUUUUUGAUUUUUCUAAAGGUCAUCGAUGUCAAGGAACUCUACAAAAAAAUAUGCAAGACUUGGAAAAUUGUAAUCAUAUUUUAAAUACCGCACUGGACUUAAAGUUAAACAAUGAAGCUCAAUGCACAGAUGGGUAUAACCUACAACAUACUUGUGAAUUUAUCCGAGAGCAUAAAAAAGUUCUUAUAGACGUAAAAAAUGGUCUCGAGAAACUUUCUGUACUAUCAGCAAAAUUUAAAAAAAGUCUGAGUUUACGUCAAUCUCAGAUCGAUGUAAAUAUUGGUAUUGAUUCAGCUCUUGAAGCGACUGUUGGAAGACAAAUAGAUGGAAAUUGCAAGUCAAUUAAAAGCGUGUUAGGACAAGUGAAACGACUUUAUAAUCAAUGGAACAGUGCUGAACUCUAUUACCUCCGGAGCUUACAACGAUUAGGACUUUCAUCAGAAGAAGGCUCUGAAUUUAUUCCCACGCCAACGCAUACCAUUAUGGCUUUGGCUGCAAUAGCAUUAUCCGAUGGAAGUGAUCUUUUGACUAAGAAAACUAGCAUUUUUAAUUCCAAGCAUCUGGAUAUUGAACGCGACCUAGAUUUUUUUUCAACUUUAUCAAACCCAAAAACACUAAACGAAGAGGAGGAUGUAAUACAACUCACCUCGUCGAGAGUAGCUAGCUCCACUCCUGAUGCAUACAGUGAUACAAUGAAAAGCGAUUGCGAAGAAUCCAUUUUAACUCCCUCUUGUAUAUGGCACACGAACAAACGAAGCUUUAGUCGUAAAGAGGAGGUAGAACAUUGCACCACAGCAGCUGAGAUAAUUUUAGAAUAUGCUUCGUUGUCUUCAUCAUCUAAUACAAAUAACCUACGCAUGCCUGAUACUUUCGCAUCUUCUUCAAACUUUAUUGAUGCCUGUGAAAAUUUUAAUGCUACAACACCAACCCCUAUAAUAUUAAAUAAUAAUAAUAACCGAGAAGUUUCUGCUGUGUCAAUCAACACUGACCCUCCAUUUUUCUCUGAGUUUUCCACUGCACCAUCUACACCUUCAACAAGUAGUAAUAGUGGCUGUUCGACUGGAAUAACUUCAGGGAUAUUUGGAUUGAGUCACAAUCGAAGAAAACCAAGACUCGCAAGGCGAAUCGAAACUCUGACUUCAGAAUCUUCGAAAUCGAAUAUAAAAAAACUAAACUGUGAUCAGGAUUUGACUUACCAAAGUAAAAUAUUGCCAUUACUUGCGACAACAGCAAAUUCGUCGACUUCAAUUUCUCAAAUCAUUACUUCAAAUAAAUGUUCUGUAUUGAAAUCGAAGGAACGUCACAUAACCAAUAUUUUCAACGCGUUGACUGCUAAUAAUAGAUUAAACGAGGCUGAAGUAAUGCCAAUGGUAGACGUCCCAUACGACUUAAGUAUUGGAUCCAAAAUAAAACACAUGAAUCUGGAUACAAAACCGUCAUCGAAUACGCAAUCAAACGAUUCUAAGGACUCAGUAAAUGAUAAAAAGAAACCUCAUAUCAAGAAACCACUUAAUGCUUUUAUGCUCUAUAUGAAAGAAAUGCGUGCUAAAGUUGUUGCCGAAUGUACACUAAAAGAAUCGGCUGCCAUUAAUCAGAUUUUAGGGAGACGGUGGCACGAACUUUCCCGCGAAGAACAAAGCAAAUAUUACGAAAAAGCUCGACAAGAGCGUCAAUUGCAUAUGGAAUUGUAUCCGGGGUGGAGCGCACGAGAUAACUAUGGUUACGUGUCAAAAAAAAAAAAGCGUAAAAAAGACAGAUCGACAACGGAUUCGGGAGGCAAUAAUAUGAAAAAAUGCAGAGCCCGGUUUGGACUGGAUCAACAGAAUCAAUGGUGCAAACCAUGCAGACGCAAAAAGAAAUGCAUUCGUUAUAUGGAAGCACUGAAUGAAAACGGGACCACCGAAGACGGUAGCGGUAUUGAUGAUCACGAAAGCCAGCUAAGUGAUGAUGACGAUGACGAGUACGACGAUGAUAAACUAGCCGGAAGUUGUGGAAGUGCUGAUGGGAAUAAUAAAAUAAAAGAUGAUGACACCGAGUCCCUAAACCAAUCUAUGCCCAGCCCAGGAUGUUUUAGCGGAUUGUCCAGUCUGCAGAGCCCAUCCACAACAAUCAGCUUGGCAAGCCCAAUUAACAUGAAUAUCAACCCAACAACUAACGUUAUAUUCCCUGCCGCCAAUAAUUCACUUUUGAUCGUCAGUGCAGAGCAACCACAACAACGGUCUACAUCUGUGUCCACAUCAGGAUCGAGUAGUGGAUCAACUAGUAGUAUAAGCACUACCCCGAAUACCUCAAGUACAGUGUCGCCAGUUACAAAUACAACAGGUCCGUCUCCAAGUUCAUCUCAUGAAAGAGCCAUGAUGCUUGGAAAUCGAUUUAGUCAUUUGGGAAUGGGGUUAAGCCCACCAGUAGUUAGCACAAGUAGCAGUAAACCGGAACCAUUUUUUCAACCGCAUCCCGCAUAUAAUAAUGCUAUAUUUUCAUUGCCGUCGAUUGGCAAUAGUAACUUAAACAAUUCUUCAAUGCCAAACAUUUCUCGAAACCCUAUUGGCGCUAAUCCUCGGGAUAUUAAUAAUCCCCUUAGCAUCAAUCAGUUAACUAAAAGACGUGAAUAUCCAAAUGUUGAACUGACUGAAGAUAGUGAAUCACAUACUAUUGUCGCUCAUGCCGCUACGUCUAUAAUUCAUCAUGUAGCAGCGCACCGUACGAACCACUCGCUUUUAAAUAGAAGCUUUAGCCAACAUUUCCAUCAAAAGUUAACGAACCAUAUGGAAACAGCUAAGAUAAGUGAGUCGAAAUUGUUGUCCGUAAGUACUCAUUCUGUAAAUGGCAGUGAAUGCCAUAAGUCAUCUGAUCCGCAAAAAAAAUCAUCUAACACGACUUCAAGCGCAGGCGCUUCAGAACAUGGUGUCAUUAGCGUUUCAUAAACGAUUUGAUUCAAAUUAAUUCGAUUAUUUAUAGGUAUAUGAGAAAAUAAUUCAAUUAAAUAAAAGUGCAAUAAUUAAUUUUCUCGACCCCCAUCGCCAUCUUAUGAAACCAGAGGCCAUUAAAAUACUAGUGCCAAGACUUACAUCGCAAUAUUUCCUUUUUAUAUUUAAACUUGAAAUAAAAUCACAGAAUAUACACUGACUUUUGGGAUUCUUACACAAAAAAUUGUUAACAAUUACUCCAAUGAGGCCAACCAUUAAUGUUUAUUCAGAUUAUUUGAAAUCGAAUUCCGAGCUAGGCAAUGCCAAAUGGAAUAAACAAACAAUGAAAAUUUAAUCAGCACCGUUGAUGUUAGCACAUACACCAUUUGAGUUUAUUUAAGACCUAUCUGAUGCAUUUUAGUUUGUUGCAAUUUCAAUUUAUUUGAAAAAUAGUAUGUUUUUUACGAGAAAUCUUUUUAGCGGGAACUUUAAACAAUUAAACAAUUUAAACAGUUAAAUACUUUUAAUUAUUUUAUAACAUAGCCAUUCGAUUUCCUAAUUCCAAAUAUAGCCUCAAGCCAUCGUAUCCUGUUAGUAACACCAAACUAACUGUUGAAAAAAGACAUGUUUUAGCCUUGAGAUGUAUUUUCUGAAAAGUUAAAAGUUUUCUUUCAUUUUAAUAAAUUUUUUGUACCCUAAUAUAUAUGUUACUAAGAUGUGAAACUCUAUAUAUCAGAAUACCAGCAGAAUAUAAAACCAUUUAAUUUGUCAGUUUUUUCCAUAUUUACUUUCUAACUAAUACUUCAUACUUUCUUUGAUCCUUAUAGGUUUUUUCGGUUUUGGUUUUCUUUAAUAUAAAUUAUAUUUAUCAUUUGCAAUUUAAAACAAAAGAAAAUUAAAAAAUCUAAAACGGUUUUAAAUCAAACGAAUUAUUUAUUUCCUUUUAGUAUGCAAACACGCUAAAGAAUUUGGAAGGUUUUGACCACUAUAUUGGCGUUUUUGUUCAAUAAAUCGCAGAAAGCAACACAUGUAUUGGAUAGAAAAGUUUUUAAUAAAUGUUAAUUUUAAUCCACUAGUUAAUCACGAUAUUUUACCGUUAUUAUCCUGAGGUUAGCGACUUAUGCUAAAAAUGAUCAUUUAUUAUAUUUGAACUUUAGAUUUUUGUUUUUACAAUUUUUUUUAAAUUAUUCUUUGGGUACAUUUAUUUGUUUGACUUACUUACACUGAAGUAAAGAAUGGUGUGCACUGAAACACUAAUUUAACAACUUAAACAUGUUCACAAUUUCGUUUGUAUUAUGUUUUCUGAAAGUGUUGUUAAAAACUUUAUAUUUCUUGCAAAAACCUCUUUUGUUUUAUCACAUCUCACCUUAAAACCUUAAGUAUAAGUAUUAAUAUUAAUAAAACAAUGUUGUAAGUUAUACCCUAAUAUAUAUGUUACUCAGAUGUGAAAUUCUAUAUAUCAGAAUAUCAGCAGAAUAUAAAACCGUCUAAUUAGUCAGUUUUUUCCAAAUUCACUUUCUUACUAAUACUUCAUAUAUUCUUUUUUUUCCUUAUAGGUUUAAUACUAAAGAUUAUUGAAAUUGGCUUUGAUUACUUUUAUUUUAACCGAAAUUUUGAUAUCAAAAUCUAUACCAAGUCUAAAAUCUUAAAACAUCUUUUAUAAGCUUUGUUUGUUAAUAUCGGUUAACUGUUCACAAUAUUGUUAUUCAUAGACUGAAAUUAUUCGCAUAACAUCACAUAGUUUGGAAUAUUAAUAUUGAUUAGAUGCAAAUAGUAUGCUAAAUUUAAUUCAUAUAUUGUUCAGAAAUUAUAUAUGGAUCAAUAUAUGUUAUAUAUACAUAUAUAUAUAUAUAUAUAUAUCAAUAAUAAAUAGCAUGUAAAUAGGUAACUUUUUCUCAUUGAAAGUACUGAUAACGCCUACGAAUUUAUUGACCAUAAGACCUGAUAGCUACUAUUUCAUAAAAAGCUUAACUUUUUAUGAAAUAUAAUUUGUACAAUUUUAUUUUCUGUAUUAAAUAUUAGGUAUAACUUAAACAAACUUAGGUAUGAACACCCAUAAAUUGAUAUGCACUUUUUGCUAGUCCUCAUUCAGUUAUUAAACUUUUAUUAAAUUAUAUAAAUAUGUAAUAAUGCCGUUUAUUAUUACACGUUUAUGCACAAUUUAGUAUAUUAUAUGCAGUAUGCCCUGACAUCCUAUCUAUAGCCUACCCUUAAAAUACAUAUCUCCGAUUUAGUAAGUCUUUGACAAUUUGAAUUAAUUAUGCUAAAAACGCAAAUUAGAUCUGGAGCCUUAUGUAAAUCCAUAGCAUUCAAAACAUAUAUUAAAACACAAAUAAAAAUAUUGGUAUGUAA